AUGGUGGCUGUUGCUGUCCUUAAAUCAUGUCACUUCUGGGCGGCAAUACUUUUUUGGAACCGACCAUUUCUUGUGCCAAAUUACGUUAUCGCAACAACUGUUCUCGAUUUUCUGUCAACACCACUGUUCAUUCAACUAUCGUAUCUGAUAUGUUACAAAAAGAAAUUUCGCAAUUUAAAAGAUAAUGUAUCUUUCGGAAUGAUUCUUCAAGGAGUGAUCAGAACACCGAAGCACCGCGUGCAAGCUGAGAUGAACAUGGCCUGCACAUCGACAACUGGAGAACAUGGGAAUGGAAAUGGCGAAUCGAUGAUUGCCCUGACGAGGAGAGUUGCUUAUCACACAAAAGAACGCGGAAAUUGGUAA